UCCUGCUGUCCCCAUCCCCGUGUGUCUGUCCGGCCUCUGCAGGGCCAGCUCCGCCAUGGACUGUAGCUGCGUCUCCGAGCUCCUCUUCGCCCCGCCUGCCCUGCCGGCUCUCUGGACCCCCGGGUUUGCCUUCCCGGAUUGGGCCUACAAGCCGGAGUCGUCCCCUGGCUCGAGGCAGAUCCAGCUGUGGCACUUUAUCCUGGAGCUGCUGCAGAAGGAGGAGUACCAGGGCGUCAUCGCCUGGCAGGGGGACUACGGGGAAUUCGUCAUCAAGGACCCUGAUGAGGUGGCCCGGCUCUGGGGCAUCCGCAAGUGCAAGCCCCACAUGAAUUAUGACAAGCUGAGCCGGGCCCUUCGUUACUACUACAACAAGCGCAUUCUCCACAAGACCAAAGGGAAGAGGUUCACCUACAAGUUCAACUUCAGCAAAGUCGUGCUUGUCAAUUACCCACUGCUGGAUGUGGCGGCCGCUGCCACUGGCUCCCCACUCUUGCUGACCCCUGGUCCUUUUGGGGGCGCCCCUGGGCCAGAUGCUCCUCCCCUCACCCCUGAGACCCUGCAGACCCUGUUCUCCGCCCCACGCCUUGGAGAGCCAGGGGCCCGGACGCCCCUGUUCACCUCUGAGAUGGACAAACUGCGUCUGGACAGCCCCUUCCCAUUCCUGGGCUCUGGUGCCCCCAGCUACUCCAAGCCCCCUGGCCUGCUGGGUCCUUACAGCCGCGCCUUCCCUGAGUGCCCCUGGAACUUGAACCCGUACUUCACGGGCCCCUUCCCCAAGCUGCCCCCGUCUCUCUACCCCCCCCACUUCUAUCCCAGCCCUCUGGCCAGUUCCCUGGGCCACCUGCCCUCUGCAGGGGCUGGGGGAGGCCCCACAGCUGCACCCCUGCUGGCUGCGACCGGGGAGAGCCUGGGCCCCGAGCGCCCCUCAGGUCUGGCAGCAGCAGCCCCUCGCCUGGCACUGCCAGGAGCUGGGGGUCCAGAGCCUGCGCUGGCAGGGAAGGACGACAGCGACUCGGAGCUGGAGAUCACCGAUGUCAGCGCCUGCAGCUCUGACAGUGAGGGCGAUGAGAGCCUCCCGGGGCCCCCCAAGGCCAAGGCGGGCAAAGCGGGUACCGGCAGCUGAGCCAAUGUGGGGCGAUGGAUUCUGCCGAGGCGGGACCAGGAGGGCCACCUUCAGAGGCUCACCCACCCAGUCUGCCCUCCAUGCCAGACCAAGGCCCAGGCCCAGCCCUUGGCAGCCCUCCCCAGCCCAACACUGGGGGUCUCACCUCUCACCCCAAGGGGUGGGGAAGGAACCUGAAGGCCUCCGGCCUCCUCUCCAGGCUCCAGUUUGAGGGGUCCCCGCCUGGCCCCACUCCCAAAGUGCAAUAUGGCGCUCAGCCUGCCCACCUCCCCGGCCCGUUGCUGUGACCUGUGUGUUUGUGUGGCCGUGUCUCCAGCCCCCGUGCCGGCCCCAUCCUGAUAACCUCCCACGCAGGCCCCCUGGGGAAAGGGAGCUCAGAGCAAUAACCCCGCCCCCAGCCC